AAUAUUCAUACAAGUUACAGUUUACAUAUAGGUUUAUAUGAAUUUAAAAAACAUAGUCAGGCAUUUAUUGCACCUAGCCGAGGCGGAGUUUGGAUGGAACCUUUUAGUGCAAGCGCAACAAAAAAAACUCUUCCGGGCCCGAAUUGGACUCAAUGCCAGCGCGGUCAGGAAGAUGCGGAGAAACCCUGCUGUUAGGAGUUGCUACAGUGAUCACAAACUUAACCUAAAACUUACCGAUCCACAGUGGGUUAGAUCGCCGAAGGGGUUAAAUUCCCGUAACGUAAAAACGGCUGUCGUGGGGGAUCACACUCCUCCACUAAAACCUCAACAGCAACUCACUAACCGAACGAAGAAGUACAAACAGGAUCUUAAUAUCAUAGUCGAUGACAUUAAAAUUCCGACUGUCAACAACUGUAAGAUUUUAGAUAUUACAUUCAACAGCCUGUUCCACCCUGAACGAUUACAGAAUGUCUCUUGAUGCCUGCUAUUCAACAUUUACACAGCGAGACCAUUCCUGCAGUCGUCUGCUUGAAGCGGAGGCGCCUCCUAGGAAUAUCCAGAGUUCUUUACUCAAUUACGCCGACGACAUCGAACAAUACGUCGACAAGACUUCGGACGCGACAAACUUUAGACACGCACCAACCGCCAUUCACAAUGGAGCCAUCAACAGCUUCACCGACUAUCUUUUAGGGAAUGGCGUACUUGGAGUUAAACCACUACCCAUUGCAGGCGAAGAGCUCGAGUUACCCCGAGAAUCUAGAGUAACCCUUGCGCAACUUCGUUUUGGAUAAUGUAACAAAUUAAACCUCGAAUCCCCGAAUGAAUAUAACCACCUCUUUGCAUGCCUAGCGAACCACAUUCGAAACAGCACGUUUACUGGGCCUACUGUAAGAUGACUUCGAUGACAACCAAGCCGAGCCUUACUACCCAAGCGGACACUAGAUAACCACUACGACAAGAAUAUUACAGCUCUUCAGUGCAGCCGAAGUUAACAGCCUUUCUUUUUUAUUCGCCGGAAGAUUGUUUUUACAACGUCAAAUCAAGUUCAAGCACAAAUCACUGCAUUUCAUGCAAAUCACUCCUUAGUCGCACUUAUUUUUUUUUAGGUAGUUGCUUUUAGGAGAGAUUAGAGAGAGGAAGGCUUAUGAUAAUGAUUGAUGUAAAUUGAUUUAAUGUAUAAAACGUGUUUGCAAGUAUGUAUGCAUAUAAAUAUUGAUGUUUUACUUAGUUGUAGUGCUGAAAAGAUGAUUGCGCAUAUUCUAUAGUACAUAUUAAAUCGUCUAAAAGCUUUUAACAAUUAUUUAAUUUAGAAAAACAACAUUUUCACUUUCACCUGUGUAAUAACCAAAAUUCACUUAUCACCGACGGAGCAGGGCACGUAAUCGCGAGUAUUUCCCCAAUGAUGGAGUGGAUAUUUAUGAAAUGAAAAAGGUGAGAUAUACCGGAAUAUUAUUAGUGGCGUGGGAAAAUCAGCAAUGCGAUUAUGGAAUCCACGACCAACACAGAGCGCAGUCUUCUACCAGUUGCCGAGCAGUUGACACAUAAACGUUUUUAGAGGUGCGGCAGACUAUUGAAGGGUCUCAUUCCACUUCUGUUUUUGUUUUCUUUUUUUGUCUUUUUGUGAAAAAAAUAACCGCAUUUGUGAAUGUCAGUGACAGCAUUUUUAACGCUUUUUAAAUAUUAUCAUAUGUUUGAAGCGGUUGAUCAACAAAAAUGUGAUGCGCGCGAAUUAACUUAUUUACAACAACAACGGCAAGCAAACACAAUAAUGGCAAACAACGAAAUGGAAUUGCAAAUAAGUGCAAAUAUCCCGGCAAUAUUGUUAGACACGAUAACAACAAGCACAGCGGUCGCAAUAACAACAACAACUGCAGAAACAGUAAGCUCCACAGCAGCAACACUGUCUUCUGUAACGCCUAAUCACAUCAUCCCCGCUGGCAUCGCAGAGUCGACCAUAUUUUGGGUCACCUGCAAUGUGCUAAUAAUGAUUUGCAUACUAGCUGGCAACGCGCUCACCAUACUAGCCAUAACCACCUGUCGCCGUUUGCGCCGCCUAAUCUCAAAUAUGUUCAUACUAUCGCUAGCGGUAUCGGAUUUUGCAGUCGGCGUGUCGCUACCCUACCACAUCGCCUUCUAUGUUGGUCCUAAUUUCGGCCAAUUGGAACAUCUUUGCCUGCUGCGAUUUUUUCUCAUCAUUUUCUGCUGCUGCGUUUCAAUAUUGACUUUGAUCACGAUCGCUGUGGAUCGGUAUAUAGCAAUUGUGUAUGCGUUGCACUAUCGGCGUUUUAUGACGCGUCGCGCCUCCUUCAUCAUAAUCGCAUUGAAUUGGACCGCAGGUGCCACGGUGGCCAUUGUGCCGGUGUUUUGGAACCGCUUUAAAACCGCGAUCGAAUGUGAAUUCUAUCAGGUUCUGCCCACUUGGUAUAUGUCAGGCAUCAUAACGCCGGCCUUUGUCAUCAUUUGGUCGCUAAUGCUCUUGAUUUAUUGGCGUAUAAUGCGUGAGGCCGCCAAGCAAUCGGAACAAUCGCGUUGCAAGCGUGAAGUGCAGAGUUGGAGCAGCAAAAAGCAGUCGCGGCGAAUGCCAGAUUGGAAAUCCAUGCAGGUUGUCAUUUUCAUCAUGGGCUGCUUCUCCAUUUGUUGGCUCACCUAUUUCAUUGUCGUUUGCAUGGAGCUACUGAAUGUCUACAAUAUAUCGGUGAUGCUGUACAAGAUAGCCUUCUCCUUGGCCAUGUUCAAUUCUGCUCUGAAUCCGGUGAUCUAUUGCUGGAAGAAUACAACGUUUCGACGCGCCUAUUGGCGUUUGUUGCGUUGCAAAAAUCCGAAUCGCAGCAAGCCGAAUAAUAUGGAUUUGGUCGUAUAUAGCGUGGACUCAGUACAAAGCUCGCCGCGACGGCAUAGCACUGUAACAAUAUCCAUUAUACCAAUACCGUCGGCUGAGCCGGUCAAACAUAACGAUGUAAUUGAAUGUAGUGGGCUGAACAAUAAGGAAGGUGAGAGUGAAGUAGUGCAGAUAUGACUGAGGCGAGUGAGAGCCAAAAUAGGGUACAAAAAAUAUUAAAUAAAAGUAAAACUAUGAAUAACUUCAAAAAAGUGUAAAAAUUGCCAACAACUAUAAACAAAAAACAUCUAAAAAGAACUGUGAGAAAAACAAGUGUAUCAAAAUUUUUAUCUUGAAAACUAAUAUACUACAUAUGAAAAGCCAA